ACCAUGCCGGCCUCCCAAAGCCGGUCCCGAGCCAGAGACAAAAACAAUGUCUUGAACCGAGCGGAGUUCAUGUCAUUGAACCAGCCCCUGAAAGGAACCCAGGAGCCCAAAAGCUUCGGCCGGAGACCCAACAGCCAGGCUGGCUCUGCUCCUGCCCCAAGCGAGGGCUCCAAGGAACGGAGGCACUCCCAGCAGCUCCCCGAGGAAGACUGCAUGCAGCUGAACCCCUCCUUCAAAGGGAUCGCCUUCAACUCCCUGCUGGCCAUUGACAUCUCCAUCUCCAAAAGGCUGGGGGUGUGCGCCAGCAACGCCUCGGCCUGGGGCAAUGCCCGCUCCAUGAUCAGCCUCAUUGGGCUGACCGGGCACGGGGUGCCCUGGAUCGGGGGCACGCUGAUCUGCCUGGUGAAGAGCAGCACCCUGGCGGGCCAAGAGGUCCUCAUGAACCUGCUGCUGGCCCUGUUUCUGGACAUCUUCAUCGUUGCUGGUUUACAGAAGCUGGCUAAGCGGAAAGGGCCGUACGACAUCAGCCCGGGCCUUUUGGACUACCUGACCAUGGACAUCUACGCUUUUCCUGCUGGACAUGCCAGUCGGGCUGCCAUGGUGUCCAAGUUCUUCCUCAACCACCUGGUCUUAGCCGUCCCGCUUCGGAUCUUGCUCGUUCUCUGGGCCUUUUUGGUGGGGAUUUCCCGGGUCAUGGUUGGACGGCAUCACAUCACCGACGUCUUCUCUGGUUUUGUCUUUGGCUAUUUGCAGUUCAGGCUGGUGGAGCUGAUGUGGAUGUCCUCCAACACUUGCCAAAUGUUGAUUUCCAUGUGGUGAAUGCUAGCAC